CAUCAGCAUUUACAUAUGUUGUGUAUAGUAUAUCUGUCCACCUGGAGCCUAGGCAGUCUUAGCGGCGGUCGCCUCAAUUGGAGUUUUUCGGCAGCUCGCAAUUCCUUUCGGCAUCGCAACAAGGCCACACGCAAGAGCUCGUCUUCGCUACAGGGUGUCCGUCGCAGAAAAACGCAAUGGCAUCGACCACUGACUAAUUCAAUAUUCAAUUCACACUUCAAGGAGGCCAGCCGCAACGAUCAAUUCCAGAUUGAGCAUCUCGUGGCGAAGGGUGCGUUCGGUGUGGUCUUUAAAGUGUGCAACAGAACCGACACCAGCUCAUGCUACGCACUAAAAGUUCUUAAAAAAUCAAAGCUCAUAGAGGACAACAGCGUGAGACAGAUAAAGGACGAGGCGGAUAUACAAAAGGUCUGCGGUCACCAUCCGUUCAUUGUGCAGCAGUUCGAUCUUUGGCAGAACCGUCAUAACCUUCACAUUCUAUCCGAAUACAUACCGAAUGGCGAAUUGUUCUCGAAAAUUGUGGACUUUUCCAUUGACCUAGUGCGCCUGUACAUUGGAGAGAUUGCCCUAGCAAUCGAUUUUCUACACAACGCCGGCAUUAUAUAUCGCGAUGCAAAGCCAGAGAACAUUUUACUAACGCAUCAAUUUCACAUCAAGCUGACAGACUUUGGGCUCAGCAAGUGGCUCAAACUGGGUGCAAAUACACGCACCAUCUGUGGCACUUUCAAAUACAUGGCACCCGAAAUACUAUGCGGCGAACCCUAUGGUCAUGCAGUGGACUGGUGGGCCUUGGGCGUCAUUGCCUGUCAGAUGCUAACGCAGAAGUGUCCCAACAUUAAGCAAUAUUUAAUGCGCCAGCGUCGAGAGCAGAGUUUGGACACGGCCGAUACGGCCGAUGGGCUAUCGAAUGCCCCCUCCAUUGCCCAGAUCAAUGGCUGUCUGCAGGACAGGCGGAGCAGCGAAGAGAGCGAAGAUUUUCUGCCCGAGGCGGUGCACCAGCUCGGCCAUGAGGGUCAGGAUGUGCUGCGAAAGUUGCUUGAAAUUGAGCCGCGACAGCGCAUACGCAGUGUAAUGGCGCUGCAAAGGAUAGCGCUAUACAAGGGCUACAAAUUGACGUCCAAGCAGCUGCUGAGCCUUUCGCCGCUAGAGAUUAUCAAACGGGAUGGCGUACGAGUGUAUGAGGACAGCCAGUUUGAUCCAAUAGCCAGCCAGUUGGCGAUCAAAGCAUUCCAGGACUUCUGACAGGAGACACUUUUUAUGCGACGAACAUGAGCUGCAGCUGCAGCUCCUUCAGCCAUAUUUACAAAAUUCGAAAACCUGCUCCGGGAGAGUACACCCAUCGGGACCACAGAAUGUGCCUCGAAUCCGACGCAGAUCUUACUUUCCAAUCUUAUUUCUUAAGCACUUAAAAUAACUUUGAAUCAUUCUGAUGCAUUUUAAUACAGGUUAAAUCAUUUUGAAUCAGUUAAAAUCACAGUGAUUAAUUUUGAAUAAUUCCAAAUCGACAGGAAUCACUAUUUUUGAUUAUUUUAAAUAUCUUUGAAUAAUUUUAAAGCAUUUUAAUUAGCUUUGUUUAACUUUCCAGAUCCC